ACAGGAGUUUCGGCUCGCUGUUCCACAGGAGCUUCGGCUCGCUGUUCCACAGGAGUUUCGGCUCGCUGUUCCACAGGAACUUCGGUUCGCUGUUCCACAGGAACUUCGGUUCGCUGUUCCACAGGAGCUUCGGCUCGCUGUUCCACAGGAGUUUCGGCUCGCUGUUCCGUAUUAUAGUCAAACGUUGGUAGUGGAGUAGACGUAGUUAGAGAAUCGUAGCUAGGCUAGUUACCUCGCCCCUGUAGCCGACCCGAAUAACAGAAACCCGAGCUGACGAACGAGCCCCGAACCAUCUACACGAACGCAUCGGUUGCCGAAUCUACCCUCAACGAGCUGUCAAACACGAACGAGCCCCGAACCAUCUACACGAACGCAUCGGUUGCCGAAUCUACCCUCAACGAGCUGUCGAACACGAACGAGCCCCGAACCAUCUACACGAACGCAUCGGUUGCCGAAUCUACCUUCAACGAGCUGUCGAACACGAACGAACCCCGAACCAUCUACACGAACGCAUCGGUUGCCGAAUCUACCCUCAACGAGCUGCCCAACCAGUACAAAUGUCAAUCUAAUCAUCAUAAUUCCUGAUCGUCGACAACCGACGACCACAAGUUCCCGAUUACCUUCAAAUCGUCAACGAACACAAGUUCCCGAUUACCGUCAAAUCGUCAACAGACCGCCUCACCCGAACACAAUCAUCAUAAUUCCUGAUCGUCGACAACCGACGACCACAAGUUCCCGAUUACCUUCAAAUCGUCAACGAACACAAGUUCCCGAUUACCAUCAAAUCGUCAACAGACCGCAUCACCCGAACACAAUCAUCAUAAUUCCUGAUCGUCGACAACCGACGACCACAAGUUCCCGAUUACCUUCAAAUCGUCAACGAACACAAGUUCCCGAUUACCAUCAAAUCGUCAACAGACCGCAUCACCCGAACACAAUCAUCAUAAUUCCUGAUCGUCGACAACCGACGACCACAAGUUCCCGAUUACCUCCAAAUCGUCAACGAACACAAGUUCCCGAUUACCGUCAAAUCGUCAACAGACCGCAUCACCCGAACACAAUCAUCAUAAUUCCUGAUCGUCGACAACCGACGACCACAAGUUCCCGAUUACCUUCAAAUCGUCAACGAACACAAGUUCCCGAUUACCGUCAAAUCGUCAACAGACCGCAUCACCCGAACACAAUCAUCAUAAUUCCUGAUCGUCGACAACCGACGACCACAAGUCCCGAUUACCUUCAAAUCAUCAACGAACACAAGUUCCCGAUUACCGUCAAAUCGUCAACAGACCGCAUCGUCCGAACGCAAUCAUCGUAAUAAUCUGAUCGUCAACGACCGACGACCACAAGUUCCCGAUUACCUUCAAAUCGUCAACGCAAGCGUCACCCGAACGCAACAUCGUAAUUCCCUAUCUUCUUCACAAUCAACCUCCGACGGUCAUCCCCGAGUAUCCGAUCGUCGACUAGCCACACUCACAUCAACCACCCGAGUACUCAUUGCGUACACCCGACAUCAUCACUCCCGAUUGUUCACGAAUCCCCGAUCACCAAUUAAGCAACAUCACCUUGGAGUCACGAACAUAUCCGAAGUCCAUUUGCCAUCCUAUAUUCAAUACUUAUCUUAUCGUAUUUCAACCCGAGUAGAUUGUAAUCUAGAAUUAAAGAUCAAUAAAACAUCCGAUAUUUACCCCCAGGAAAGGGAGAAAUCUACUCUUAUUAUUUCAUAAGGUUUAGUGGGUCCUUAUGGCGACCCUGGGUACAGCUGAGCUUACCUCAGCCGUCGAGAAAACCACGUUACAAAUGGCGCCCGAGCAGGGACCUGAUUCGAAAUCGCAUCGCGGCAAAACCGAAACAUCCGCCACCGAGGACGAGUCAAGUCAGAAAUACGAUAAGAAAUUGAAACCCGAAUCCCUAGGAUGGAUUUAUCUGCUGAAGAAAGAACAACUGAUAGAGCAAUGCCAGGCGGCAGCUAUACAAACAGAGGGAUAUACGGUCGAGCACCUGAGGAGGCAACUGGCGGACUUCGUGAGAAAAAAGCGACUGAGGAGUUCGACCGAGAAUUUAUUACGUGACUUGGAAAAUGAGCUCCAGGCAGAAGAAAAAACAGUCGUCACUCAAGAGUGUUUGCAGAUUCCCGAGCGACCUCCUCGCCGGGAGAGUUGUGAUUCCGAGACCAUGAGUAUGGUACAGCGAUGGAACUUAAAAUUUACAGGCGAGGGAGAUUUGUCCGAGUUUUUGGAAAGACUAGAGGAAUUGGCCGAGUGCUACCGAAUACCCCACGACCGACUCGUAUCCACCCUGCCCUGCAUCCUGGAAGGUAACGCGCUUAAAUGGUAUAGAGUCAAGAAAGGCGAUAUCACGACCUGGAAGUCGUUCCGAAUAGAGGCCGAAAAAUUUUUCUUGUCAAAACGUCAUUUAACACAACUUGAACACUCGUUUUAUAACAGGCGACAAUUCAAUCGGGAGAAGGCCAAGGAUUUUGUUCUUCAAAUGCUAACCAUGGCAAAGCAACAUCCUACCCUACGACAAGUGGACCACCUGGAUCGGAUUUACGACGGCCUUCGACCCGAAUACCGUCAUUACGUUCGUCGGAGUGACUUUCAGACUUUGGACGAAUUGAUGUCUCUGGUGGACGAUUUCGAGCUGUUGAAGAAGGACGAGGCUCGUGUCGAACGUCCACAUACGUCUCACAUGGUAUCGCAGACCUCGGGAGGAUAUAAUAGGUCAACGCAUUGUUGGCGUUGCAAAAAGAAGGGCCAUAUACGCUACCAGUGCCAAGAAAAGGGAAAAUUGUUUUGCUCCCAUUGUGGCAAGGAGGGUAUACUAUCCCGAAACUGCGAGUGCCGAGCGAACCCGACCAUCGACACCGAUCAUCAUGGGAGAUAUUACAUUUGGAUCUUCCUCAAUGGGAAAGGUUUGUGGGCUCUCGUAGAUACCGGAGCUUCGCUUACCUACAUCGAUAGCUCAGUCGGCAAGUGGUUGGACACGAAAAGGGUUAAACCGAUCACGAUAACCCGAAGAGUACAGCUUGCUGACCAACAAAUGGCCACCUGUGGAAGGGUAUACCCGGUGUCGAUUGUCUUCAACGACCAAGCCACCUCCAUAGAGGCGACAGUACUACCGACGCUUGCCGAACCUGUAGUUCUAGGGAUGGAUUUCCUGCUGAAAAGAGGUCUGGAUAUCGUCUUAGACGGGAAGGUCGUCCCCAAGGCAGCGAUUACUGAUCGCUCCGGUCUGCAUUACCUGCACAGCAUAUCGGACUGGGUGCUGUCGCCCCAAAAGAAGAACCAGUUACCCGAGAAUCAUGUAAUACCUCACCGACGAGCCUAUGAAAACUACAACGGUUUCCGUACCAGAGUUCGACGAUCCUUCCGAGUUCAUACCAAAUUAGUCACCAACACGGAUUUUACGAAGGCUAAACCUUUAAAAGUUCCAGUCCAGUCGCCCACUAAAACAUGCAAACCCCCGGAAUCAAGACAGCGAAUUACCGCAAAAACAAAAUCGGUGUCUCCGCCGGCAAGUUUAUCGAAGAGGCAAAUGGCAAUUGAACCAGCAACUAGAGACCUUUUGCCGAAAUAUCAACAAGGAAAGACGACCAAGGCUGCACAGCCUGCAGCACCAGCAUAUUAUCAUAUAACCCGGCCGAAACAGCACGACUAUCUCCGUGAAGCAUCACUUUCCCAAGCAGGGGGGGGAUGUAACAUGCUGAUUUCAUCACGUACAUUUAUACGAACAAACAAACGCACCUAUUACACAAUGAGAACAACUACAGCGGCCACUGCAAGUGCGACGCUAACUGCACCAACCAACCACCACCACCAUGCACACACGACUCGGUCAUACGCAGUCAACAAGGCGACAACAGCACUAGCCAACAAACGCAGCAUUCAUUGGGCGCGUGGUGAACAAAGUAGUUUUCGGUGGUGUGCUGCUCACAGCGUAAGGCUAAAAAUUCGCAAUGACUUGGAACUUCGGUUCGCUGUUCCACAGGAACUUCGGUUCGCUGUUCCACAGGAACUUCGGUUCGCUGUUCCACAGGAGCUUCGGCUCGCUGUUCCACAGGAACUUCGGUUCGCUGUUCCACAGGAGUUUCGGCUCGCUGUUCCACAGGAGCUUCGGCUCGCUGUUCCACAGGAGUUUCGGCUCGCUGUUCCACAGGAGCUUCGGCUCGCUGUUCCACAGGAACUUCGGUUCGCUGUUCCACAGGAGCUUCGGCUCGCUGUUCCACAGGAACUUCGGUUCGCUGUUCCACAGGAGUUUCGGCUCGCUGUUCCACAGGAGCUUCGGCUCGCUGUUCCACAGGAGUUUCGGCUCGCUGUUCCACAGGAACUUCGGUUCGCUGUUCCACAGGAACUUCGGUUCGCUGUUCCACAGGAGCUUCGGCUCGCUGUUCCACAGGAGUUUCGGCUCGCUGUUCCGUAUUAUAGUCAAACGUUGGUAGUGGAGUAGACGUAGUUAGAGAAUCGUAGCUAGGCUAGUUACCUCGCCCCUGUAGCCGACCCGAAUAACAGAAACCCGAGCUGACGAACGAGCCCCGAACCAUCUACACGAACGCAUCGGUUGCCGAAUCUACCCUCAACGAGCUGUCAAACACGAACGAGCCCCGAACCAUCUACACGAACGCAUCGGUUGCCGAAUCUACCCUCAACGAGCUGUCGAACACGAACGAGCCCCGAACCAUCUACACGAACGCAUCGGUUGCCGAAUCUACCUUCAACGAGCUGUCGAACACGAACGAACCCCGAACCAUCUACACGAACGCAUCGGUUGCCGAAUCUACCCUCAACGAGCUGCCCAACCAGUACAAAUGUCAAUCUAAUCAUCAUAAUUCCUGAUCGUCGACAACCGACGACCACAAGUUCCCGAUUACCUUCAAAUCGUCAACGAACACAAGUUCCCGAUUACCGUCAAAUCGUCAACAGACCGCCUCACCCGAACACAAUCAUCAUAAUUCCUGAUCGUCGACAACCGACGACCACAAGUUCCCGAUUACCUUCAAAUCGUCAACGAACACAAGUUCCCGAUUACCAUCAAAUCGUCAACAGACCGCAUCACCCGAACACAAUCAUCAUAAUUCCUGAUCGUCGACAACCGACGACCACAAGUUCCCGAUUACCUUCAAAUCGUCAACGAACACAAGUUCCCGAUUACCAUCAAAUCGUCAACAGACCGCAUCACCCGAACACAAUCAUCAUAAUUCCUGAUCGUCGACAACCGACGACCACAAGUUCCCGAUUACCUCCAAAUCGUCAACGAACACAAGUUCCCGAUUACCGUCAAAUCGUCAACAGACCGCAUCACCCGAACACAAUCAUCAUAAUUCCUGAUCGUCGACAACCGACGACCACAAGUUCCCGAUUACCUUCAAAUCGUCAACGAACACAAGUUCCCGAUUACCGUCAAAUCGUCAACAGACCGCAUCACCCGAACACAAUCAUCAUAAUUCCUGAUCGUCGACAACCGACGACCACAAGUCCCGAUUACCUUCAAAUCAUCAACGAACACAAGUUCCCGAUUACCGUCAAAUCGUCAACAGACCGCAUCGUCCGAACGCAAUCAUCGUAAUAAUCUGAUCGUCAACGACCGACGACCACAAGUUCCCGAUUACCUUCAAAUCGUCAACGCAAGCGUCACCCGAACGCAACAUCGUAAUUCCCUAUCUUCUUCACAAUCAACCUCCGACGGUCAUCCCCGAGUAUCCGAUCGUCGACUAGCCACACUCACAUCAACCACCCGAGUACUCAUUGCGUACACCCGACAUCAUCACUCCCGAUUGUUCACGAAUCCCCGAUCACCAAUUAAGCAACAUCACCUUGGAGUCACGAACAUAUCCGAAGUCCAUUUGCCAUCCUAUAUUCAAUACUUAUCUUAUCGUAUUUCAACCCGAGUAGAUUGUAAUCUAGAAUUAAAGAUCAAUAAAACAUCCGAUAUUUACCCCCAGGAAAGGGAGAAA